UUCCACUGAUAACAGCUAUUCGGCCUGAAUAUAUAAAGGCAAAAUUUGUCGUGAAAGAUUACGAGUUUUGGUUGAUUGGCUUCACGAUGAAGAUUGUCGCACUUCUUCUAUUGGCUGUUGCAUACGCAUCGGCUACUCAAACCUCGCCUGGAACUUCAUCUCGUCCUAUUCUGAGCUCAACUGAAGCUGCCAGCUAUACAAAGGCUAAAUACCUACAAGGAUGGACGCCAAGUACUAUAAGCACUAGUACUGCUGACUACACAGUGGGUAGUGGAUACAGCACAAUUCAAGCAGCCGUAAAUGCCGCCAUCAAUGCUGGAGGCACAACCAGAAAGUACAUAAAAAUCCCCGCUGGUACUUAUAGUGAAGUCGUGUACAUUCCCAACACUAAUGUACCAUUAACUAUAUACGGGGGUGGUAGUGCACCCGCAAACACGGUUAUUUCACUCAGUUUAUCAGCCACCUUAACCGGCACUCAAUAUAAGAGUGCUGUAGGAAGCUUAUUUUCAUCGGGGGACCCAGCUUACAGUAUCUACAGCAGCUGCGCUAGCAAAAGUGCAAUUGGCACCAGUUGCUCUACUGUAUUUUGGGUUCAAGCCCCUGGGGUUCAAAUCGUCAAUUUGACUAUAGAAAACUCUUCUAAAAACUCUGGCACAGACCAAGCUGUUGCUGUUCAAACAAAUGCCGAUAAAGUUCAAAUCCACAACGCUCGUCUAUUGGGUCACCAAGAUACACUCUGCUCUGGCAGUGGAGGCACUACCGUACAAAGGAGCCAUGUUUCUGACUGCUAUAUUGCCGGUGAUGUCGAUUUUGUUUUUGGUGGAGGAUCUACUGUCUUUGAAGGUUGUACUUUCCAUGCUGUUGCUGGUCGUUCUACGGAGGCGGUAGUUUUCGCUCCUGACACCGCUCCCAGUAUAUCAUAUGGAUACCUAGUUAUAGAUAGUACUAUUACUGGUGAUACAUCAUUCUUAACUUCCAAGGAGGUAUAUUUGGCUCGUUCGUGGGACUCUGGAGUAUCUUCCUCAAGUGACUAUGUAGCGGGAACUUCACCAAAUGGACAAGUUGUUAUCAGAGAAUCUACCAUUGAUGGUGUAGUGUCUACUACCGCCCCAUAUACGACAGCUACAAGUGGCAGAGCCUAUUCUGGCAAUGCUUCUAGUAGCAGAAACUUGAACAACAACAGUUACAACCGAUUCUGGGAGUACGGAAACUCUGGGGACGGUGCAUAGGUAACAAAAAGUUGGAAACAGUUAUGUUUUAAUAAAUUGUUACAGUUUAUCUUAAUGAUAAAAUAAAAUAAUAUCCACAAGACUGUUUAAUUGCAAACGAUUACUUUCAGGUUUAUUUGAAAAUUUAAAUAUUAAAUCCACUAUUAAGAACA